CGGGCGGGCGGCGAGGGUGGCUGUCGCCUGCGCGGAGAGCCGGGGCGGCGCGGAUUUCUCAUCCGCCGAGUGUGAUGAAGCUUCCCUGCCGCGCUCCUCCGCUAGCCGCCAGCUGACACCGCCUGCACCCAGCCCGCCGGGAGAGGCGACGCCGAGGGGCGGUGACCUUGGCCGAGGAGGGCAGACUGAUAAUUCCUGUAUCUGAGAGCAACAGCGUUUGGGGUGACAUGGCCCAGGGGAAUAAUUAUGGGCAGACCAGCAACGGGGUGGCGGAUGAAUCACCCAACAUGCUGGUGUACAGAAAGAUGGAAGACGUCAUAGCACGCAUGCAAGAUGAAAAAAAUGGAAUUCCUAUUCGUACGGUCAAAAGCUUUCUUUCCAAGAUACCUAGUGUCUUCUCUGGGUCAGACAUUGUCCAAUGGUUAAUAAAGAACUUAACUAUAGAAGAUCCAGUGGAGGCGCUUCAUUUGGGAACGUUAAUGGCUGCCCACGGCUAUUUCUUUCCAAUCUCAGAUCAUGUCCUCACACUAAAGGAUGAUGGCACCUUUUACCGGUUUCAAACGCCAUACUUUUGGCCAUCAAACUGUUGGGAGCCGGAAAAUACAGACUACGCGGUUUACCUCUGCAAGAGAACAAUGCAAAACAAAGCAAGGUUGGAACUAGCAGACUAUGAAGCUGAGAGCCUGGCCAGGCUGCAGAGAGCGUUUGCCCGGAAGUGGGAGUUCAUCUUUAUGCAGGCGGAGGCACAAGCGAAAGUGGACAAGAAAAGAGACAAAAUUGAAAGGAAGAUCCUUGACAGCCAAGAGAGAGCAUUCUGGGAUGUACACAGACCUGUGCCCGGAUGUGUAAAUACUACUGAAGUGGACAUUAAGAAGUCAUCCAGAAUGAGAAACCCACACAAAACCCGGAAGUCUGUGUAUGGUUUACAGAAUGAUAUUAGAAGCCACAGCCCUACCCACACACCCACACCAGAAACUAAGCCUCCAACAGAAGAUGAGUUACACCAACAGAUAAAAUAUUGGCAAAUACAGUUAGAUAGACAUCGGUUAAAAAUGUCAAAAGUUGCUGAUAGCCUACUAAGUUAUACGGAACAGUAUUUAGAAUACGACCCAUUUCUUGUGCCACCCGACCCUUCUAACCCAUGGCUGUCUGAUGAUACUACUUUCUGGGAACUUGAAGCAAGCAAAGAACCAAGCCAGCAGAGGGUAAAACGAUGGGGUUUCGGCAUGGAUGAAGCUUUGAAAGACCCAGUUGGGAGAGAACAGUUCCUUAAAUUUCUAGAGUCAGAAUUCAGCUCAGAAAACUUAAGAUUCUGGCUAGCAGUGGAGGACCUGAAGAAAAGGCCGAUUAGAGAAGUCCCCUCCCGAGUUCAGGAAAUAUGGCAGGAGUUUCUGGCUCCGGGAGCCCCCAGUGCCAUUAACCUGGAUUCUAAGAGUUAUGACAAAACCACACAGAAUGUAAAGGAACCAGGACGUUAUACCUUCGAAGAUGCUCAGGAGCACAUUUACAAACUGAUGAAAAGUGAUUCAUACCCACGUUUUAUAAGAUCCAGUGCCUAUCAGGAGCUUCUACAGGCAAAGAAAAAGGGGAAAUCUCUCACGUCAAAGAGGUUAACAAGCCUCGUUCAGUCUUACUAAAAGGAUCAUCCUUGUAGCAUGGAAGCAGACUGGAGUCGUUGCACAUAUUUUGUUAUCUGGAGCAGAGGACAUUAGACCAAGGUGUUGCAUGAGCAAAGGACCUGACUUGUUUUUUUGUGUGUGUGUACAUUAAGGCAUUGCCAUCUCCAAGGGCCUCUUUACCAUCUCAAUGCCUCCAUUCGAAAUGUUGUCUGCUUACUUCCUUCUUGUACUAAGCUGGAUCUGUAUCUUUUCCUUUUUAAUAAGUUCAAGUGAAGUAAAAAAAAAAAAAAAAAAUUUUUUUUUUUUUCCUCUCCUUCUCUCAAAGCUUCUGCUAGACACACAGUUCACUAAAAAUUCAGUCAGUCACAAACUGGAUGAAUAGUAAAAGAAAAAAAACAUAUCAGUAAAUAUACAUAUGGCUUCACAUUAUUAAACAAUAAAUUAGCAGAGGAAAUUUCAUUUCACCAAUGUAUUCCGUCAGAAACAAGCUCAUGUCUUUGUUGUCUGUACAUUCUCAGUUAAUGUUUCUUGCAUUUAUUUUUAUACCAUAUUUAAAUAAGAAACACCUUUUACUCCAAAUGUAUUAAAGUUGAUCCCUUCUCUGUAAAUUUGUGUAUGUUUAUAUUGUUGUUUUAUCUUUCAUUAAAAGAUGCAGAAUCUCAUUGCUUUAGUAAAUUUUG